AGUUGAAAUCAUGUCGCCCUCCGAGAAGAUCGAGAACCCCAACGAGAGUCUCGUCAUACCAAAAUGGUUGACCAAGUCGAAGUUUCAGUCCUUACUCACAAAAGAUGAGCCUGAUUAUAACACAAUUAUUAAGUUUACUGCAGUAGCCGCAGUGCCGCCAGGUGGUAAUUUCGCAUCGGUUUUGGUGCGAGUGUACUUGGACUUGAAAAUGAAUGAUGAAACUCGUAAGAGAAAGUCUUAUGUGGUUAAGACCACUCUGGAUUCAGAUAAAGGCGGCAAAGCGGUCAAUGAGAUGCGCUAUUUUCACAAGGAGCAGCAGAUGUAUUCCACUUUCUUGCCAGAAUUUGAGAAAAUCUAUCGCGAGGCGGGACAUCCUGUUCAGCUGGUGCCGAAAUGCCUGGAAAUUGGAGAGAUGGAGGGAAACCUCUAUUUCAUAUUCGAAGAUCUUGCCCCUAAAGAUUAUGUGAGUGCAGAUCGAACUAAAGGAUUGAAUAUGGAUCAGAUGCGACUGUCUCUCCGAAAACUGGCUGAACUCCAUGCGGCGAGUGUGAUUUACAAGGAUCGUCAUGGACCGUAUCCCAUUGACUUCGCUCACGGCUUCGCCAAGAAGGACAAUAUCCAACUCAGUGUGGGAAGAUUCGAAUCCAAGGCACCGGAGUACAAGGAAGCCAUGAAAACAUGGGGCAUCGAUGAGAGUUAUCUUAAAAACUUUCCCACUGCAGAGCAAUAUGGCAAACUCUGCCGGGAAUCCCUCCAUGUCGAUCCCCAGGAUUUUAAUGUCCUUACGCAUGGCGACUUUUCGGCGUGCAACAUUCUGUUCAAGUAUGCCGAAAAUGGUUCCCUAAGUGAGGCACUUCUGCUGGACUUUCAGCUCUGCAAAUGGGGAAGUCCUGCCCAGGAUCUGCUAAUGAUAAUAACCAUUUCCGUGGCGAAGGAUUUGCGGCUCAGGGAGUUCGACAACUUUGUGAGAAUCUAUUGGACAUAUCUAAUCGAAUGCUUGCGAGUGCUUAAGUACGAGAAACCCCUUCCUCAACUGAGGCAACUGCAAUCUGCCAUCUUCAAGAAAAACAACACACUCUAUGCUUUCUUUGCGGCGUUCAAUCACUUGCCGGUUCAUUUGCUGCCCAUUUGCAAGGAGAGCAACUUGCACACCAUGAACUCGCAGGACGAAAUUGGCAGGAGGUUCCGAAUGCGGGCUUACACUUAUCCUGUUUUUGUGGAAAUCAUUAGAGAACUCUAUCCCUUCUUCUGCAACCGCGGCCUCUUCAACUUCGAAGACUUUGAGUGAUCGCAAGUUCAUUCAUCUUCCACUGCAGCUUGCAGUUGACUCGUUAAAUAAAUUGUGCGAAUAUUGA